CAACUUUAGACCUAAACACCGUAGACUUUGGGACUAGUGAUGGCAUUAAUUUGAAAAGGGACCGACGCCUUCAUGCAAUUAAAACAGGAAGGGUUGUUAUUCCAUUGCAAGCACGUAUAUUGUUUUAAUCUCAAGAUUAGCUUCAACUAUACCAGCAACAAAAUGAUAAUUGCUAUACAAGUAUACAUAUAGGUUUUUUCUAUACAAUAUUUUAGGUAGGUAUUUAAAAUAUUAUAAAUAAGAUGAGAUGUGAUGAGAUGAGUUGUUGAAUUCGUGAAACUCGACCCCAAUCCUCACUAAAAUAUUUCUAAAAUACUGCGUUGUAUAAUAUCCAAUUCCGAAACAAAUCUUCAGAAUUAUUAAUACCAAUACCGAAUAUACCGUACUUAACCUCCUCCAAUUAUUAGAAUGUAAUUAGGCAAGGACUAGUAAUUGCAGAUAUAAUUGCACGUGUACUGUAGAUGACUCUUGUCAAAAAAAAUAGAAAUCAAGUAAUUGAGAACGAACAUUCUAGAGACAAGAAGUCUUUCACUAUACUCAGUGGUUAAAGAUUAAAUUUAUAAUUGAAGGUACCAUGAUUUAUGGGUUUAUAAGUUUAAAGCACUGCGCUUUAUCGUUCAUAAUAGUACCCUAUUUAUUAAAGGUUCAGCGUGGAAAAUGGUAGAGCCGUUGUCCAAAGCUUUUGACAACAAUGUUUGGUUCUGGAAAAUUUUCGCAGUGUGGAUACAGGAAGUCGGCAAUAAGUACUACAAAUGCUACGCUGUUAUCUUCCUAAUUUCACUUUAUUUCCUUUAUGACGGGCUUUUGGUUUUGAACUUGAUCUACACUCCAAGACAUAUCGAAACUUUUGUACCGGAACUAAUAUUUUUCGUCACAGAAAUGGCAGUUUUAUUUAAAGUUCACCUGCUACUUUUCAAAAGUAAAAGUAUACAGAAAGCCUUUGAAAUGUUAGAUUGUGAAACUUUCAUUGGUGACACGGAGCACCAAAUUGAAAGUAACAAAAGAUUUAAAUCACUGUACAAAAAAUACUUUUUAAUUUACUUUUGGGUGUGCCAAAUUUGUUAUGUGAGCAUUGUGCUCAUACCCCUCUUUAUUUACUUCAUAAAUGGGAAUGAGCUUCACUUGCCUAUUUGCAACUACUAUUUUCUGAGUGAAGAAAACCGAGAUAAUAAUAUUUUGAGCUGGUUCAGCUAUCAAGCUAUUGCCGAUUAUGUCCAUAUGACUUACAAUUAUACUGUUGAUACCUUUAUUUCUGGUUUGAUCAUGAUGGGCUUAGCGCAAUUCAAAGCUUUGAAUGUGAAAUUGGCAAUGAUAAAAUCUUCAAUGGAUAAAAACGAUUUGCCUGAAUCAAAGCUGGACGCAAAAAUGCAUCAGGAUUUGAUAAAAUGUAUAAAACACUAUGCUUUACUGAGAGAGUACUGUCAGAUUAUUGAAAAUAUAUUUGGUACGUCGAUGUUUUUUCAAUUCGGUGUCGGGGUUUUAAGCAACUGCAUAACGCUUUAUGCAUUUUUACUGCCAUAUUUCGAGAGCCAGCUAAUUUUCCUGACCACGUAUGCUUCUGCCAUGACUAUGGAAAUAUUUUUACCGGGAUAUUUGGGAACUCUAUUACACUACGAGAGCGCAGAGAUCGGCAGAGCAGUGUACCAGUGUGACUGGAUAGAGAGAUCUGAGAGUUUCAAACGCAGUAUGAGGCUACUGGUUGAACGCUCUAAGACUCCUAUAGAACUUACAGCUUUGAAGAUAUUUCCACUCUCCGUUACCACAUUUAUUGCCAUAAUGAAAACUGCCUACUCCAGCUUCACACUACUACGCGUAGUUCAUAAUAGAGAGAGUAGUGACUACAAUUAGUACCUAUUUAGUAGGUAUUUCCUGUAGUGUACCGAUUAAAAUGUGUAAUAAUAAUUAAUUAGGUAUAUGAAUAAAUCUGAAUUCUUAAUAGAAAUUACUGCAAAAAUAAUAAACGCAUCAAUUUACCUAUAUUUUUGUUCAGUUUU